AUAAAUUUCGUGGCCUAUUAAGUUUACAAGUUGUCCACAAAAUAAGUAAACACUUGCUUAAACUUUACACAAUAAUAGUUGAUUUGUACGUCUUUGAAGUCUUCUCUCUUUAUCACUCAAACCAAAAGCAGAAGUUAUAUUAUUCCCUUGCUUCCUCGCAGCUUUCCUCAUGCAUUAGAGAUCAAUCAAUGUGAUUUUGGCACCAUUUUGCGAGGGUCGGUGAAGGUGUUUUCGUUAGCAAAAUGAAGAAGAAGAUGUUUCUUCUCGUUCCAUUUCUCCUUGCUUCAACUCUCUUCUUUUGCUUCGCAACCUUUGUUUUCGGAGCCGCUGUGUUGCCGGAUGAUGAAGUGGAAGCUUUACGUGGCAUAGCGAAGAGUUUGGGGAAGACGGACUGGAAUUUCAGCGUCGAUCCGUGCAGUGGAGAUUCUGGAUGGUUCUACCGAGCAGAAGGAUCAAAAGAGAAUGAUCUUACCUGUGACUGCUCCUCCUCCAAUGGAACCGUGUGCCACGUUGUCAGCAUAAUUUUGAAAGGACAAAAUCUCGCGGGCACCCUCCCGCCAAAUUUUGCCGGGUUGCCCUACCUCCAACAAAUUGACCUCACCCGCAACUACCUUAACGGUUCAAUCCCUCCGGGAUGGGGUUCUUCCCCGCAGCUGGUCAACAUUUCCCUUCUUGGAAACCGGUUAACGGGUUCUAUCCCCAAAGAGCUGGCAAACAUCACAACUCUCAAAAGCUUUACGGUGGAGUUCAAUCAACUUUCUGGAAAUCUUCCUCCAGAGCUUGGCCAUAUGCCCUCCAUAGAAAGACUUCUUCUCAGCUCGAAUUAUUUUACUGGGGAGCUGCCUAAUUCAUUUGCAGGGUUGAUCACAUUGAACGACUUUCGGAUCAGUGACAAUCAAUUUUCUGGAACGAUACCCAAUUAUAUUCAAAACUGGACAAACCUUACAAGAUUCUGAGAGCUUUGUUCCUUUUUCUUUUUUAUUUGUGUUGAAGGAUUUUGUCAUUAUUUAGUUAUGGUUGUUAUGUAUUAUCCCUCAUUAAAUCAAAUUUUGGUAAUAACAGAUUGAUUUAGGCAAGUGGUUUGAGCGGGCCAAUUCCUUCUGGCAUUUCUUAUUUGGAAAACCUAACGGACUUGAGAAUCAGUGACUUGAUUGGAUCUGGAGAAACUUUUCCACGACUUGAUAAUCUGACUCAGUUGAAAACAUU